AUGUCGAUCGACGUAGUAGAUGUGGUGUCGAUCGACGUAGUAGAGGUAGUGUCAAUCGACGUAGUAGAGGUGGUGUCGAUCGAUGAUGCACGGUUCUCUUUGCGGAUCGAGCGUUCCAAACGUGUUGGGUCUGAGAAGAAAAGCUUGAGGAAGUCGCGCGCAACCGAACCACCAGAGGGAGCAAACCUGACUUUAGCCAUAGUUGCUGCUGAAGCUGUUACUAGAGGACACGAAGGCUCCUCUAACAAAGGCAAAGAGAUCGUUACUGACCCAGACAUUCUGGGUGGACACUUGCAGAUGGGUUCCGGCUCUGGCCAUACACACCCUAGGGGAGCUAGUACCGAGCUAGAACGCGUUGAUGAUGUUGAUUACGAUAUUCUAGGGAUAAAGCCAAUCGAAAGAUACCCUCCAAUGCGUGAUGCUCUAAACGCAAUUAGUCGCUCAAUCUUCUACUCGCUUUGUGAAUGGGGAGAGGAUGAUCCUGCCUUGUGGGCAAAAGAAGUUGGAAACAUUUGGCGGACAACUGAUGACAUCAAUGAUACUUGGGCAAGUAUGACUACAAUUGCUGAUUUGAAUAACAAGUGGGCUUCAUGUGGUGGACCUAGUGUUUGGAAUGAUCCGGAUAUGUUGGAAGUUGGGAAUGGAUGGAUGACUUACGAGGAGUACCGUGGUCAUUUCAGCAUUUGGGCUUUGAUGAAAGUAAUUAUUUAA